AUGAAGGAAGGGAUGCGAUGCGCUUCCACAGUUCAGAUGAGUUUAGAGAGAAUUGUCCCACUCAGUGGAAUGGAGAUAUGUGGCCGUUAUAUCCCACCUGGAAGCACCGUGGGGUGUCUUCAGCAAGUGAUUCAUCUCAACCAGAAUGUAUACGGCUAUGAUGCUGCCAUCUUCCGUCCUGAGAGAUGGACAGAAGCAAGUGACGAUGUGCAAAAAUCAAUGGAACGAUGUGGAAUGUGGUUUGGACACGGCAAACACAUGUGUCUUGGCCAGCACUUUGCUCGAGCCGGGAUGAUGAAGCUAUUGGCGAUGAUGCUGAUGAGAUUUGAUAUAUUUGCGGUGGAUCCAAAUGCUCGUUUGAUUCCUAAAGUCAGUACUCUAGGAGGGCCAGCUGGUCGGUACUACAUAAGAGUGAAACCGAAGCAGGACGUCAAUCAGUCUAAAUUAAGACCUGUGCAACCAGACAGUCUUUCCAACGACAAAGAGCAUGAAGAAGCCGAUGCAAUUAACAUGGCGCUACCUGUGAAUUCUGGGGAAGUUCCUACAAUAGGAAACAUGGAGAAAGAUAGAAGAAAAGUCGCAGACAUAACUACCCAACUACAAGAAAAUUUCCCUGCAGUCUCCAAUGCUGGGUGUUCAUAUGUACGGCCCAAUGACAAUUACCACGGCUUUACUGAUGAUCUCCUCACUUGCGAUGGUAUUUGCCAUGAGCCUCGUUCAAUUUGUAUUGAUGAGCUCAGGUAUGUUGUUGCCAACUGCACCGCUUCUGCGGGCGGUGGCACACACUCCAUGAAUCUUUGGCUUCGUAUGGCCCGGGAAGCGCUUGGUGAGCUGGACAAAGAAAAUGAAGAGGUUCUAGUAUCUGAUGUUACAUCUGUUACUUCUCCUGAUGGAUUAUUUGCAUGGUCAACACCCGAAAAUGCCGCGAUUGCGAUGAGUGGUGGGGAUCAUGCAUCCCUCUAUCUACCAAUAGCCGUCUGUUGGCCCCUAUCAACAUUUGCAUCCUCUGGGAGUUUCCAUCCUACUUGGGUUGAAGACAGUAUCGGCUUCAUCACUGCACAGUCUGCUGGGUGCUUGUUUAACAGUCAUCUUGUGGUCACCCGGUCAACGACACCAACCAGCCGCAUUCACCACGUCAGCGUCUUAACAGGGUUGGAGAUUGCCCGGGUUGGCAACCUGGCUACAGGAGCCCUGAGUGGACUCUUCUUCUUGGCUAAUCAUAAGCCAGAGAAUAUGGUCGGCAAUACUCGUGCAGUGAGCACUUUCUUUAUGGGGCUGGCGUACGCAGACGAACUCGCUAGUCCAGAUCAGGGUGGGGAGUGGUCUCAUCUUUCAAACCUUGCGGGGCCGCUACUUGCGGCUGAGAGACUGAUAAGCGGGCCUCUACCCGAACUAUUUGAUCGCGCACUAUUCGGGUAUCACUGCUGCACUGUACGUGCUCGGGCACCCUUGGACCUGACCCCUGUGCCCAUACAAACGUUGUUCCUCGCGAGAUUUUAUGACUCGACUCUACCAGCAUACCUUGAUUGUAUUAAGUGUUUAGAACCGGGUUCUGUUCUUCCAGCCCGUGCUACUACCUGGGGAACACUACUAUCAAACGAUGUGUUCGACUACGUGAGUGAUGGGCUUUCAGGUAGAGUGGCCAACCUUUGCUGGGCUAUGGGUACUUGGGACAGCCCCAUUGAGUGUGCUCGCAUGUUCCGUGGGUGCUUAAUUGCUGUUGCGCGGACUGCUCACCAUGCACCUGGGUCGCUUUUCGCUCUCUUAUAUAUGGAGUUUACAUACCUAUAUACUGCGCGGUACUUCUACUCCUCGAUUCCAUGUGACACAAACCUCUCACUAGACGACACCUACAUCCCAUAUUCCGUUGUCGAUAUCCCUACACCUGGUGCAACACCUAUCAGCGGGUUCCGUGCCACGCUACGAGCGGCAUUCUCCGCAUCGUCGUAUGAUCCUCAUAAUGCAUUAUUUGACCCUCUCACUCCCUUUGACGUAGGCUCUGCCGUGAAUACUGCGAAUGGAUCUUUGCCCCCUUGGCAAGGCCUGGCGGCUACACCGUGUGCUUGGGAUAUUGCGUAUGGGGAAUUUGAUGUUGUGGCUAUGAGGGCUACGCAUGACAUACUUGGUUGCCUUGACCGUGGGGUUUAUGCCGAUUCGCCUGGGCUGUACCGUGCCCACCUGGGGUGGCUCAUUCGUCAGUAUGACUCAUUAGUAGCGGCAGGGCGCGACAAUUUGGGGGUAGGGCGGUACUACGUCGCCAACCGAGUGAGCUGA